AUGGGUUGCUUUCCAUCGAAGAGAUCCAAAGAUCAAAGAUUGGGAAAGACAUCAAAACUUGAGCCACAAGUGGAUCCCAAUCAACACAAACACCAAACGCCGUCCAAACAGGAGCUCAAGAAUCACAUGAAAAUGAAUCCAAACCACGAGUCGCGACCCAUGACGGCCACCGAUGACGGCAUCCGCCACACCAAUGAGACGGCCCCUCACAUGCAAGCGGUGCCCACCAAUGCCUCGUCCCCCACAACGACAACCACCGCCGCGGCUGUCAUUCCGUCAGAGGUGUCCACUCUUUCCAAUACCAGCGCUAAGACUGAGAUCCAAAUGAAUGUGUUUAAGGACUCGUUACUCAACAAUAACCCGACGGAUAGCGAAAUGAACGCCGAUUUGAAUGCAAUGUUAACCGUCGGCGGCGCCCAUCAGUCCCUCAUAUGUUCUAACGGCCCAACACUUGAGUGCGAAUCCAAUAAGAAGAUCGAAACAAUGGCCAAAAUGGGGAACAACUAUAAGCGGAAAAAACAAAGCCCUUACGUGAGAGUAAUGUGUAGUGAACUAAACGAUUGCUUGAAAACAGAGGGAAAUGUUUUCAAAAUCGUGAGUUUUGCCAAACAGGAGACAAUUGCCGUCAAACAACUGGAUGUGAUUGAGAACGGAUUGAAUGCUUACAAAGAUGUAACGAGUGUUCACUUUAACGAUAUCGAGGAACUCAUCAUUCAUUCCGGCAAUUAUUGUAAAGAAGUGAGGCUUUCGUUGAAAUCCGAUUCAAUCCUUACAAUAAGCGAAGACAUCGUGAAAUCCAAUCUCUCAAUGAGUGCAUAUCCGAGAGUUUUGUCUUUCAUUGCGUUGACUGAAUCGGAGGCCACGAAUGCCUUCAACACUGAAACAAACAACCGGUUGACUUACGCCGAGAUAAUACUCCCAAACGAUAAUCACAUGGAUUGGGAGAAUCACAAGAGUAUUCUCGGUAUGAAUGAUAUCAACGAUUACAGACAUCGCUCACAAUCGCCGCACGUAUUGCUCGGCGCCAAAGGGAACCGAACCGUCGGAACGCUUUCCCGUCGAUCCGACCAGACAUUAGAUGAGGACAGCAUUAGUGUCGUCACCACUACUAACACACCCAUUAUGUCCAUGAAUGCCAAGAAUGACAACACGACUGUUGAGUCCAUACAUUGGGUUAUUAUGGAUAACGACGGCACGGAUUUUCCUACUCUUGUCUAA